AUGUCUUACCCUACAUCUCUUCCUUUCAUUGCUUCGUACUCAAUCCUUUUUCUUGAUACACGUUCUGACUCCCACAUCCUGACGCAUUCACGACAUAUCACGAGAAUGGAAUCCGAACUUGAGCUCCACCAAAUAUCAGGACAAUUUGAGGAAGAAGCUCCCCCACCUAGCUACUAUGCGUCCUUGCAUAGUGAUGUAAAAAUUACAUCUAUCGCGUCACAGCACAGGUUGAGCCAUCCAUACCAGCAAGAGCAUCCGCCGACAACAAAUUGGUUUGUCCGAAGUUGUUCAGAGCCGUCGACCUGGCAACUACUCGCCUCUGGGUCCCUCUUAUCCAAUGCCACAACUUCAACCAACAAGACACCCACACAGAAGCGACGCUAUCGUAUUCUUUACCCACCCCACAGAUACGAAGAAGUAUAUCUGCACAGACCGCCGUGGACCUCCCAGGAGAACGCAUUCCCACCCCACCACGUUGAAGUCUACUCCGGACGAAAGCGCUACAAUCCCGAACCAAUUGUUGUCCUAGGACCUUCAGGAAGUGAGGAGAGCUCUUCCCUUACAUCUGAAACAAGAGCGCUGGCAAGUGUUCACGUUCAGCGUGUAUUGUCCGCUGUCGAGAAACAGGUUGCAGGAAUGACACGUCAGGCGACUUUUGCAGAGAUGGAAUUUUUCAGCUSCGACUGGGUCUACAAGACUGCAGCAGCGAAACAUGAUAUGCGGACUAUGAUCUUGAGAGCGAGGGAGGAGUGUGCGAGGAGUGUGGGCUUGGUGUUGGGACUGGAAAGCUUCCUGGCGUAUGUUGGUGGUGAUGCCCGCACGGAUGUCCUGAUAAGCUUAGGGAGAAGCUGUAAGGAGGUCAGAUGGAAGCUGGGGCGGCUGAGCCUUUAA